CUAUAGUUUCCGCUGGUUGCCUGGCAACUACCUGCCAAUGACAUUCGAGACAAAUCCCUGAAUAAAACCGCGAACUGCCCCGAGCUUUGUUUACAUGUGCUGUGCAUUACAAUCCAGACAAAUGCAAGUGGCAGCCAACACUGUGGGUCUGUGCUGGUGCAGUGUGGGGAGAAAAUUGGUCAUUGUGAGAAGGGUAUGCUGGAUCUGACCCUGGCUACAACCAGACAUGCAAGUGUGAAAUCCAGUUGAAAGCAGAUGGACGGUCGCACGGCUGAAGCUGCAAUAUAAAGUAAAGAUGCUCAUCUUUCAGCAACACGCUAGUAAGAAUCAGAAACAGGUUUAUGAGUAGGAGAAAGUCUUGCAGAAUGGCAGGCAGGGGACUGCGCCCAGUCAUGGCGGACCACAGAAACAAGAUCCGACGAGCCACACAGCAGGAGAGGAAGGCUGUCUGUAUCAUUCUGAGAAAAAAUAAAUGUGGUCAGUUAAUCUGCGGCUUGGAAAAGGACAACAGCCAAUGCAGUAUGUUCAAGCUGCCCCCCUACUGGGCGGCCCAUGAGCCUGUCGAUAUGGUGGUUUGAUGUUGGAUGGGAAAUAAGAACCCCCCACAACAAACAGAGAGGGCUGGAACAGAGAGACUGGAACAGAGAAAGAGAGGGUAGAAAGGGAAGAACCAUCGACAGAUGGACUCUGUUGUGAUUAAAGAUGGCGGCAGUCUUCACUGCAGACUACGAAGGACUAUAUUCGAUGCAUAGAAAAGCGGUGGGAGCAGUCUGCGAUUCAACACACCAACAACCACACAGUAAGGUAAACCAGCAGGAACAAAUGGAUGGCAAAAACAAACUAUUAUGGCGAUGUUCCAUUUUAGUCAGUCCUUCUCGUGUCAAGGUGAUGAGAGGGAUGUUUCCAUUUCUGCAGCCAGAUGUGUUAAAUAACCGUGCAAUGGAAUCCUCGCUAAAUGGAUAUACUGCUGGAGGAUGUGCGAGGAAGACAAUCAAACUCAAGGAGUUUUUUUGCAGCGGCAUAAGCAGAGGGCUGGAUCUAAUAGUUGUGCAGUGUGGGCUCUACGGGGACGUGGUUUAUGGAUGCUGGGACUAUGAGCAUAAGCGACAAAAGGGGCUAUUUAACAGAUCUGGGAGGCAGCUUCACUGAGGAUGCUCCCAGACCUCCAGUCCCAGGGGAAGAGGGUGAGCUGGUGUGCAGCGAUGGACGCCAGUACAGCAACCUUAACUUCUCCUCAAAGAACGAAAACCUCAAGUGUGAGGCGUCUGUGGCGACACCCAGGCGACCUGACUUGGACCUGGGUUAUGAGCCCGAGGGAAGUGCUUCCCCUACACCACCCUACUUAAAGUGGGCCGAAUCUCUUCACUCUCUCCUGGAUGACCAAGAUGGCAUCCAUCUGUUUAGGACGUUCCUCAAGCAGGAGGAGUGCGCAGAUAUGUUGGACUUCUGGUUCGCAUGCAGUGGCUUCCGCAAACUCGAAGCUAAUGAGAUUAACGAGGAGAAGAAGGUAAAACUCGCAAAAGCUAUAUAUAAGAAAUACAUCCUGGAUAACAAUGGGAUUGUUUCCAGACAGAUCAAACCAGCUACCAAGUCUUUCAUCAAAGACUGCGUCAUGAAGCUUCACAUUGAUCCUGCAAUGUUUGACCAGGCUCAGACUGAGAUACAGACUAUGAUGGAGGAAAACACAUACCCAUUAUUCCUUAAGUCUGACAUAUAUUUGGAAUAUACGCGGACAGGAGGAGAAAGCCCUAAACUGUACAGUGAUCAGAGCUCGGUUUCUGGGAAUGGAAAGGGGCUGUCGGGUUAUUUGCCGACUUUAAACGAAGACGAGGAAUGGAGAUGUGACCACGAGCCCGAGGAGCAGCCAGAGUGUGACCCCACACCGAGCAACCGGCUUACUCAGAAGCUGCUAAUGGAGACGGCACCACAGCGUGUUGCCAACAGCACGAGAUUCCAGGACAGUCACGAGUACAGGCAUGCACCAUGUCGGGAGCCCAUCAACCCAUACUAUGUCAACACUGGUUAUGCUAUGGCUCCUGCCACCAGCACCAACGAUAGUGAGCAGCAGAGUAUGUCCAGCGACGCAGACACAAUUUCCCUUACCGACAGCAGUGUAGAUGGAGUUCCACCCUACAGAUACCGCAAACAGCAUCGCCGGGAGAUGCACGAAAGUGCCAAAGCAAAUGGGCGAGUGCCACUACCUCAUAUUCCACGCCCAAACCGGAUUCCAAAGGAUAUACAUGUGGAGCCGGAAAGGUUUGCUGCAGAGCUGAUCAGCCGUCUGGAGGGUGUACUAAGAGAGAGAGAGGCUGAAGAGAAACUAGAGGAGCGACUGAAGAGAGUACGACUGGAAGAGGAAGGUGAUGAAGCUAGUCAGUCAGCAUUAUCCAGUCACAGGCUCCCCCCUGGUGCUUAUUCGCAGAAUUACAUCCCCCGCUAUGCCGACGUCACCUACAGUGGUCCUUUAAUGAGAGAUGCACAUGAGGAGAACCCUGAGAGCAUCCUGGAUGACCAUGUCCAGCGAGUUAUGAAGACUCCCGGCUGCCAGUCACCAGGUACAGGACGUCACUCUCCCAAGUCACGCUCGCCAGAUGGUUUCCCAGCAGGCAAAGGGAUGGGACUUGGAUCAGUGCUGUCGUCAAGCCAGGGUAAACAUCCAUCCAGGCACGGUGUCAAGGGAGAGACCAGCCACCUGUACCACCAUAAACAUGUGCACCACAUCCACCACACAGGCGUUGGGAAGCCCAAAGAGCAAGUGGAGUCUGAAGCAGCCAUGCGUGUGCACGGCAGCUUUCCCUGGAGCAUGGAGACGAGUCAUUAUGGAUCAAAGUCUCGCAGCUAUGCAGAUGGCAUGGGAUCAAACCCUAUGGAGCAUCCAGGGUAUAAUAACAAAGGAGGUGCCCAGUGUAAAAGAGCAUUCAAGAAAGGUGAGGAAGUGCGACCUUAUGACAUGCCGGGGCCUGCAGAGGAGAUGGAGAAAAACCAGAAGAUCCUUUUGUGGCUGAUGGAAGGACAAAAAGAAAUGGUUCAACAUAAGAGGAGCCCAUACGGGAGUACCACUGGAUCCAAGAGGCCCACAGGCCACGAGGGAUCGCGUCUCAGCUCAACGGAGCGAUUGGGGUCGGUGCAACCGUGUGUCGGCGCCCAACUGCGAAACAACGUGCAGCCAUCUCACCCUUUCAUCCAGGAUCCUACUAUGCCCCCCAACCCAGCUCCCAGCCCCCUCAUCCAGCUGGAGGAGGUGCGCCGGCGGCUCGAGGAGGAGAAGAUUAAGUCUGGAACGUUACAACCGAAGCAAAGGUAUGUGAUGGAGGUGAUCCAGAGGGGUCGCACCGCAGUCAGGCCUGCACUGUUCCCUCCGCUCAGCGUGGUGCCCGCCGUAUCUGACAGCGAGCUCUCCGAGCCCGAACAUAAAGCCACUAAAAAGUCGCCUUGUGAAAACAUUACUGUGGCGUAUUACUUCUGCGAGGAGCUGAUACCGUACAGGACGUCUGUCAAAGGGAGGGUCGUCACACUGGGCCAGUUCAAAGAACUGCUGACAAAGAAAGGAAAUUACAGGUAUUAUUUCAAGAAGGUAAGCGACGAGUUUGACUGCGGUGUGGUGUUUGAAGAGGUACGCGAAGAUGAUGCUAUCUUGCCCAUCUUUGAGGAGAAGAUUAUCGGGAAAGUCGAAAAAAUUGAUUGAAGGUGUGUGCGUCGAAGAGGAAAGAGUGGAAAAGCCAGUGACUGGAUGGCAAAGAGGAAGUGUUUUAGCAGUGAAACUGGAGGAGUGGAGAAGAAAGUGAAUAUAGAGGGAGCGGAUCUGAAGUUGAUCACAAUGGUCAUAAUGGAUGACUUGUGACUUUUGAGGCUUGGUAGCACCACAGCAGUGACGUUGGACUAGAAAAAAAAAAAGACCUCAUUCACUUCUUUGGAGUGUAAUGUAGCAUUGUAAAGUUUAUUAGAUGAAACAAAAGUGCUACUAAAGCUACAUAUUUUUGAUAUGCUGUAUCAGAGGGUAUCCUUUAACCACACUUGUAAUUUUUUAUAUGUAUUGGUACGAGAUGUGUACAGUUUGUGUUAAAAGAUAACAAAAUUUUAUAUCUAUUUAACUAUUUAAAUGCUCAUUUUCAAUCCUAUUGAAGCGGGAGUGUCGCCCCUGACUAUCAAAAUCCUUUAUAAGGCUGAUUUUUGUUUGUUUUAUGUUCUCAUUUAUUGUAAGAGUCCUUUGGGCUCUAACGUUUGUGUUCCUCUUAGUGUUUUUAAUACUUCACAGUACUUUAUUUUGUGGCAUUGAGUCAGGCUGCACUUUGAUUUUUAUUAAAUACCACUGACUAUGUCUUAAUGUAGGCUGCAAUGUGAAUUUCUACAGCAGUAAACAUAGUGACCAUAAAAAUAGAAAUCCCCUGCGCAGCCUCCUGCAAUUUGAGGCUCAGUUUUUGUGGUGGUUUUUGUAUUUGAUUCAAAAUACAACAAGGAAAACACAAAUGCAAUCCAGUACACCACCACAAACUCUGCCUUACAAAUCCUCUCUGACACCGUCACAACAUAAGUUAUUAUCUAUUGUAGGAGUUUAUUGGGUCACAUUACUGCAUAUAGUACAUGUUUUAUUCUGCUGGUCAUUUGGUGUACACUACAUGUAAAUGUAGCUAAUGCCUAUGUUCAUGUACUAUCUUCUACUGCAAUGUUUUUAACCCAACAUAGUUGAAGUUAAAAAAAAAAGAUUGCCUUGGAAUAACACAGUAGAUGCAAUAAUACUGAAAAAAUAAAAGAUUAUUGGAAAUUGCAAGGUGAAUAUCUAUGCAAGUUGGUUCAUAAUAAUUGUGUUGCCCUCAUCCAAAAAACUACAUUUGGGCAUUUAUAUUAAUGAUUCAGUAAAUAAGUAACAACAAUCUUUGAAAUAAUUGGUGGCUACACAUAAUAAUAGUCCAAUUGAAAGCCUAAAUGUGUCUAAAUUUAAUUCAUCUGGCUGAAAUAUGAGUUGAGACCAGCAGGGCCUCUCUAAAGAUUUUAUCAUUUUUAUGAUGAAUCCUGAUUGCGGAUGAGUAAUUUGACCUUUUUGUAAAAUCUGUGCCAAUCAACAUUGGGUUUCAAGUUUGCCAAUUUUCUUUUAUUUUCAGUUCAACUCUGAAUUACACUGUUCAGUGCUGCCUUCAGCAUUAGAGGUUAGUAUUGUGCACAGCGGAGCACCUCCUCCACCUGUAGACUUGCACACUCGAAUUAAUGCCUGCAGUGCAGAGGUCCUUGAACCUGUUCAUCACAGCAUUUUGAAUGAGAAGGCCAGUGAAUGUCAUCGGAAUACUACCAACAGUUUGUGCAAUGAAGAUUGCAUAGAGGCAUAUUUAAACAUACUGUAAGUGCUGCACCAUUUAGCAGUCUGUAGAUUUUUUUCCCUGGGAGCUGAU